AUGGAUGGUCUUAAAACAUCAGGCGAGCUAGGCUUUGUUGGAAUCAGAUUCUGCAGUGAAUGCAAUAACAUGUUAUACCCUCUGGAAAACAAAGAAACGAAGCAGCUCAUGUAUUCCUGUCGCAAUUGCGCCUAUCAAGUGCUGGCUGAAAACAGUUGUAUCUACGUGAACAAAAUCCUACACGAAGUGGACGAACUGACUCAAAUAAACCCAGACGUGGCUACAGAUCCCACCCUGCCCCGAUCAGAAGACCACUCUUGUCCUAAAAAAUGUUGUAUAAAUGGCGAGUCAGUUUUCUUCCAAGCACAGAGCAAACGAGCAGAGGACGAGAUGAGACUCUACUAUGUCUGCUGCAAUCCACAGUGUGGACACGUAUGGACUGAUAUAUAGGGAUAACAGAAAAAAUUGAACCUAAUCUUUUUCAUUAUUCCAAGUUAAUUUGUGCUAAAGUAUAUCUUGUUUUCGUUAUUAAGGUAAUUUAAAUUAAAUGAGAUUGUUGGUCUAAAAUCGAUUGAUGAGAACAAAAAUAGCAGC